CUUCAACAACGAUGAAGUACAAUAUACUCCAGUGCGCACUUUAUGAGCGCCGGAAAUAGAUUUAACUUCUUGAUUAUUCAUUUACGCUUAUUCGCUGCUGAUUGUCACAAAAUAGUUCACUUUUAUAGGCCCCAAAAAACGAAGUUCUACAGCGUUUAACAAGAAACUAAAAUUUAAAUCAGUUUUGGUACUAAAGAUUUGAAAAUGGCAUCGAUUUAUGCUGGUGCGUUUCAACAGCAGCUUUCGCCAGCAAAUUUCCGAAGAUACCGUGUAACGCUAAAGACAACGGCGAAUGAGAAGACGGACUUGCAUUUAUGUGGUAGUCAGGCAGAUCUACAAUUCGAAAACUCCGGUUUUAAGCAUUUGGCAACUAUGAAGUUCGCGUUACCUACGGCUGCCGAACUGACAGUAAGAACAACCUCAGGGAGCGAUUCGAGAACGGAUUUCCAGCAAUUAAGAACAGAUUUACUGCCGCUUGUUAAACUCUUCGUCGAUGGUAUAAAAAGCGAUGCCGUGCAGUGCUAUUACGGAAUAGAUUACACAUUUCCAAAGCCAAGCGCGCAACGGAAUUUUUACAUUCUAGCCGAAGACUGCGCAGGCGUGCCGUUGGAUGAGCAUAUGAAAACGAAAAGCGUUCCAGUCAGCGAAAACGAAGUUAUCGUGUUUGCAAGGCAAAUACUGGAAGGACUCAGGUUUCUUCAUGGUCACCAAAUCAUUCACAGAGACAUAAAAGGGGAAAAUCUUAUCAUUAUGGCGGCCACAAAAACGCUUAAGAUAAUAGGUCUAACGAUGAUAAAACAUUUUGAUGGAACGCAGACACCGCCCAGCACUUUGAGAAACGCGGCAGGCACUGUUCCAUUUGUCUCACCCGAGAUGGCAGCACUAUCGGCUGGACUGCAAAGCCAGCCUUCUUAUGUUGGACGGAAAACGGACAUCUGGAGCUUCGGCUGCGUGGUAAUACAAAUGAUGCAGAAAGGUCAACCUCCUGUAUUUGCCAGAACGGAUAAGGACGUAAUAAAACCAAACGCCAUGUCAGAUAGUUUCCAAAGUGUGCAUCGGUAUUUUGGACAUGGUUACAGACCACAGCAACCCAAGACGUUUGCAGGCAGUUCGGUCGAUAUUUCGUCUGAAUUUCUAAGCUUAUUGAACGGUUGCCUGGCCGUAGACGUUAGCGAACGCUCAUCUGCCUCGGAGCUUCUGGACAUGCUGCUCACUUCCUACUAUUAUCUAUUUUGCCCAAGAAGGCCGAAAUUUGUUGGGGCAGAAGAGCAACGGUUUCACGCAGAACGGUACAGCUUGUUACCCGUCCAGGUGAAUACGGAUGGAAACUCAGUUUUGCCUCAACAGCAAGCUGUUACUUUAACGGAUGUAGAGCAACAAGAACGCAGACAGUACGAUCUUCUUAAGAAAGUCACGCUACCGGAAAUGGCAAAAGGUACCAUGACCUGCGAUUGCGACGUUACAAUCGUGUCCUCACGGAGUACCGGGGACAGCGACUAUGAAAUUGUAUUUGCAAAUAAAAAGAGAAUGUAUGAGAUGCUCAUAAAAGACGUGGCACGAAGGACCAAGCAUAUAAUUCAGCACUUACAUGUUACGUCGGUGUUAUGCGAUAACCUGCUGGAAAUACAUGUCUUUACGGAGCACGGAGAUGCCUAUGAGCGAUUGUCAGACUGCCUAAGCUCACGACAAUCUUUUGAAAAAUCAUUUAUCCCUAACAUUACUCGACAAAUUCUUGAAGGACUGAGAAUACUGCACAGGCAUAAUAUUGUACAUAAAGACAUCCGAUGCUUUAAUGUACUUAAAAGAAAAACUGAGCACUUGAAAGAUCGAUGUUUACUGAAAAUCACGGGGUUUGAGAAAGCUGCAUACCAUAAUUUCGACUCGAAUAUGGGAAACUUUGUGUCCUAUCCGGAAGGUUCUGCGCAGUUUGCAUCCAAAGAAAUGCAAGAGCUACUUUCGUUUUCACCAAGUGGUCAAAAGGACAAUGUAGGAACAGCAACGGAUAUUUUUAGUUUGGGCUGCACGGUGAUUGAAAUGUACCAAAGAGGGAUAGCGCCGGCAUGGGUAUCCAAAAAAAAUGGAAAAACACAUGAGUUUGGUUCCACUAGUGGAUUAGCAGGAUUUGUACGUAACCUGGCCCAGCUCACAGAAACAGACGCCCAACCUGAUUACAGCCGCAUUCUGUUCGACAAUGCGGGCGGGCUCAACUUCGUGCAGUCAUGCUUCGUACAACCGUCAACAAACAGGCCUACUUGUGACAGUCUACAGUUUCAUCCAUUUAUCGUGAAUGAAGUAGGCCCUGACGCAUCAGUAUUGACGACAUUACAGAGGAAAACUGAAGAUGAGCUCUCACCAAUCAUGUUGAAGUCUUCUCAAUAUACCAAAACUAUGCCAAUUGGAGCGGGCGCCAUUGGCAAAGUCUACAAAGCCAGCACCGCAAAUGGCACAAACGUUGCGAUUAAAAUUAUUGAAAAAAAUCGUUCGCUGAAUCCAAAGAGUCCCGGGAAUACCGAAGAGGAUGCCGAAGCGUCGAAUCCAAGGAUGUCAGGAGUCACGGAAGUUUAUGCUGAAUCGUUCCGCAGAUUUGAGGUGCUACUGGAGCUACAACACGAGAAUAUCGUUUCCUACUUCAGUUAUUCCAUAAGCAGAGACAUCGAGAAAGUCACGACUUCCCAUACGAUGGAUUACUGUGAUGGGGGUGACUUAGAGUUUCUGCUAAUAGAAAUUAAGGAGAAUGGUGGUCGGCUUCAAUGGAGAACAGCAUUUCAGUAUGCGAUAGAAAUUACAGAAGGCCUCUCUUAUCUCCACAAAUGCGAAAUAGUGCAUGGUGACCUAAAGCCUAAGCAUGUGUUAAUGAAACAUCUGGCAAACGGUCACAUGAAAAUGCUGAUAGGAGAUUUGGACGACUUUAUCGAAAUUGGUGGGCAUGCUGCAAGUUCCGGUGGAAUUGGCACCUAUCAAUACAUGUCACCCGAAUUGCUACGAGAGCGGUUAGGACUGAGUGACAAGAUGCAAACCAUUGGGACAAAAAGUGAUAUUUGGAGCAUGGGAUAUAUUAUAUUGCGUUUAGCUUUAUUUAUUGAAGGUCAGUAUGAGAUAAAACUUCACCCAGCAUGCCACUCUCCAGAGUCAGUCGGAGACAAUAUUCAUUCGGAUCAUAAAAAGAAGGUCAACGAAGUUUCAGACCUGUAUAUUGUUAAGAAAAUUAUGGACCGCGAUUCGGAUUACAUCUCGUCCGUUUUGUCCAGCAUUCCUUUACGGACGGAGGCAUGGAAACAGGCAGCCAUAUGCCUCGGACGGUGCCUGGAUUACGACCCUGAGAAGAGGAUGGCAGCAACCGAUUUAAGCGAUGAACUGCGUAGCCUGAAAGAUGCACUGUUAUAGGCUGUAUAAGUACACGGAAGCGAAAUUUAAAUGGUGGGUACAGGGAAAUUGUUUGGAAUGUCUGGCAAAUUGUUUGGAAUUCUUACAGACUACGAUGACAAAUCUACAAAAGUCUGAACAAGACGCUGCUGGGCAUGUCAUUUAUGUGGGAUUCGUGCUCUUUAUUCAGUCAUGAACCAAAAUAAUUGAACCGCUA